CAGAGGCAAUACAAUCAUGGCGGAUGCUGCGGCUCGUCAACUGCAAUACGAAUAUAAAGCGAAUUCUAAUCUCGUUUUACAAGCUGACGUCCGGUUAAUAGAGAGACGCAGCCGAGAUGAAGCCACCGGUGAAGUUAUGUCCCUCGUUGGGAAGCUGGAUGGCACACGCAUGGGUGAUAGAGCGCAGCGUACAAAGCCAGGAAAGGCGGAAGAACGGAAAGUCAAACGUCAAAAGAGAGACGAAGCUCAGUACGACUUCACACGUAUGAAAGGCGCGACGUUACUUUCGGAAGGGGUCGACGAAAUGGUUGGUAUUGUAUAUCGUCCGAAAACACAAGAGACACGUCAGACUUAUGAGGUAUUGCUCAGUUUCAUACAAGAGGCUUUGGGCGACCAGCCGCGCGAUAUCCUUUGCGGCGCGGCUGACGAAGUGUUAGCUGUGUUGAAAAAUGACCGGCUUAAAGAGAAAGAGAAGAAGAAAGAGACGGAACUCUUGCUCGGCUCGCUGGCUGAGGAGAGAUUCGCUCUGCUCGUAAAUCUCGGCAAAAAGAUCACAGAUUUCGGCAGCGAUGAGAAGAGCACCGCGAACGAUGAGAAUAUCGAUGAAACGUACGGAAUUAACGUGCAAUUCGAGGAGAGUAGCGAGGAGGACGACGAGGAUGUGUACGGAGAAGUCCGGGAAAACGACGACGAAGGAGACGAGGGCGAGGAAGCUAACGAUGACCGAGCUAUUCACGCGGAAAACCUGGGAGGAACAGAAGAGAUGAAGAAAGAGAAGCCGUUACACCCGCUGGACAUAGACGCAUACUGGCUGCAAAGGAGGCUAAGCAGGAUAUACGAUGACGCGAUGGUCUCACAGGCGAGGGCCGCUGAGGUGCUGGCGGUCUUGAAGGAUGCCGGGGACGAUCGCGACUGUGAGAAUCAACUUGUGCUGCUGCUAGGCUACGAUUGCUUCGACUUCAUCAAACAGCUCAAGAAAUACAGACACACCGUUGCGUACUGUACGAUGCUGGCAUCGUCGCAGUCCGAAUCCGAGAGGCAGAAGAUUCGUAACAAGAUGAACGACGACCCGAUGUUGGCGAAGAUCUUGCGCCAAUUGGACACGGGUAAGGGCGAAGAUGACGCCGAUGAAACGAUGGAAGCGAGAUCGCAGCGCAAGAGGCGAGAAGAGAACGAGGACACAGGCGGGCCCGGCGGCCAGGUUCAGGGCACGAGGAACUUGAUCGAUCUGGAAGACCUGAUAUUCGCACAGGGGAGCCACUUCAUGGCGAACAAGCGUUGCCAGCUUCCCGACGGCAGUUUCCGCAAACAACGAAAGGGAUACGAAGAGGUUCACGUGCCCGCUCUCAAGCCCAAGCCGUUCACGGAGAACGAGAAGCUGCAUCCGAUCGAGCAGCUGCCGAAGUACGUGCAACCAGCGUUCGAGGGCUUCAAGACGCUGAAUCGCAUACAGAGCCGCCUCUAUCAGACGGCGUUGGAGAGCGACGAGAAUCUGUUGCUGUGCGCGCCCACGGGAGCCGGUAAGACCAACGUGGCUCUGCUGUGCAUGAUGCGGGAGAUCGGCAAGCACAUCAACGCCGACGGCACGAUCAAUGCCGACGAAUUCAAAGUGAUUUACGUGGCGCCGAUGCGCUCGUUGGUACAGGAGAUGGUCGGCAACUUCCGUAAGCGUUUGUCGACGUACAAUCUCACCGUGUCCGAGUUGACGGGUGACCAUCAGCUUACGCGAGAGCAGAUCGCCGCUACCCAGGUGAUAGUGUGCACCCCGGAGAAGUGGGACAUCAUAACGCGGAAGGGCGGUGAGAAGACCUUCACGUCGCUGGUACGGCUGAUCAUCAUCGACGAGAUUCACCUGCUCCACGACGAGAGGGGGCCGGUUCUCGAGGCGUUGGUCGCGAGGACGAUCCGGAACAUCGAGACCACGCAGGAGGACGUACGACUGGUCGGCCUGUCGGCCACGUUGCCCAAUUACCAGGACGUAGCGGCGUUCCUGCGCAUCAAACCGGAGACCGGGCUGUUCUACUUCGACAAUAGUUUCCGGCCGGUGGCGUUGGAGCAGCAGUACAUCGGCGUGACCGAGAAGAAGGCGCUCAAGCGCUUCCAGGUGAUGAACGAGAUCGUGUACGAGAAGACGAUGGAGCACGCCGGGCGCAACCAAGUGCUGAUAUUCGUGCACUCGCGCAAGGAGACCGGCAAGACUGCGCGCGCCAUCAGGGACAUGUGCCUGGAGAAGGACACGUUGGGUCAGUUCCUGCGGGAGGGUUCCGCAUCGAUGGAAGUGUUGCGGACCGAAGCCGAGCAGGUGAAGAACCAAGAGCUGAAGGACCUGCUGCCGUACGGCUUCGCGAUCCAUCACGCCGGCAUGACUCGCGUCGAUCGUACCCUGGUGGAGGAUCUCUUCGCCGACCGGCACAUACAGGUGCUCGUGUCCACCGCGACCUUGGCCUGGGGUGUCAACCUACCGGCGCACACGGUCAUCAUCAAGGGCACGCAGGUGUACAAUCCGGAGAAAGGCAGGUGGGUGGAGCUGGGCGCGUUAGACGUUCUGCAGAUGUUGGGUCGCGCCGGCCGGCCGCAGUACGACACCAAAGGCGAAGGCAUCCUCAUCACGAAUCACAGCGAGCUGCAGUACUACCUGUCGCUGUUGAAUCAGCAGUUGCCGAUCGAAUCGCAGCUGAUCAGCAAGAUGUCCGACAUGCUGAACGCGGAAGUGGUACUGGGUACGAUUCAGAACAUUCGUGACGCGGUCACUUGGCUCGGCUACACUUAUCUCUACAUCCGGAUGCUGCGUUGCCCGAACCUCUACGGGAUCAGUCACGACAAGCUGAAGCAAGACCAGCUGUUGGAGCUGCACCGGGCCGAUCUUAUUCACUCGGCGGCGGUCGGGCUGGAUCGCAGCGGCCUGAUCAAAUACGACCGCAAGUCUGGCAACUUCCAGGCGACCGAGUUAGGCAGAAUAGCGUCGCACUAUUACUGCACGCACGAGACGAUGGCGACGUACAACCAGCUGCUGAAGCGCACCCUCAGCGAGAUCGAGCUGUUCCGCGUGUUCUCCCUGUCGGGUGAGUUCAAGAACAUCAACGUGCGCGAGGAGGAGAAGCUGGAGCUGCAGAAGCUGAUGGAACGGGUGCCGAUACCGGUGAAGGAGAGCAUCGAGGAGCCGAGCGCGAAGGUGAACGUGCUGCUGCAGGCGUACAUCUCCCAGCUGAAGCUCGAGGGCUUCGCCCUCAUGUCCGACAUGGUAUUCGUCACGCAGUCGGCGUCCCGUCUCAUGAGGGCCAUCUUCGAGAUAGUCCUGUUCCGUGGCUGGGCCCAGCUGGCGGACAAGUGCCUCUCCCUCUGCAAAAUGAUCGAUCGCCGGAUGUGGCAGUCGAUGUCGCCGCUGCGCCAGUUCCGCAAGAUGCCGGAGGAGAUCGUGAAGAAGAUCGAGAAGAAGAACUUCCCGUGGGAGAAGCUGUACGACCUCGGGCCGAACGAGAUCGGCGAGCUGAUACGCGUGCCGAAGCUCGGCAAGACCAUACACAAGUACGUCCACCAGUUCCCCAAGCUCGGCCUGUCCACGCACAUACAGCCGAUCACGCGCUCCACCCUGCGCGUCGUCCUCACCAUCACACCGGACUUCCAAUGGGACGAGAAGGUGCACGGCAUGUCGGAGGCGUUCUGGAUACUGGUCGAGGACGUGGACUCGGAGGUGAUCCUCCACCACGAGUACUUCCUGUUGAAGGCCAAGUACUCGGCCGACGAGCACGUGAUCAAGUUCUUCGUGCCGGUGUUCGAGCCGCUGCCGCCGCAGUACUUCCUGCGCGUUGUCUCCGACCGGUGGAUCGGCGCCGAGACCCAGCUGCCGGUCAGUUUCCGCCACUUGAUACUGCCGGAGAAGAACCUGCCGCCCACGGAGCUGCUGGACCUGCAGCCGUUGCCGAUCACCGCACUGCGGAACGCCAAGUUCGAGAACAUCUACGCGGACCGCUUCCCGCAGUUCAAUCCGAUUCAGACCCAAGUGUUCAACGCGGUGUACAACUCGGACGACAACGUGUUCGUCGGCGCGCCCACCGGCUCCGGCAAGACCACCAUCGCGGAGUUCGCCGUGCUGCGCCUCUUGACGCAGAACACGGAGGGCAGGUGCGUCUACAUGGUCAGCAAGGAGGCCCUGGCGGAGCUGGUGUACGCCGACUGGGCGGUCAAGUUCAACCAACAGCUGGGCCGCAAGGUCGUCCUCCUCAGCGGAGAAACCGGUACCGAUCUGAAGUUGCUGGCGAAAGGGCAGAUCAUUAUCACGACGGCGGACAAGUGGGACGUGCUGUCGCGUCGAUGGAAGCAGCGGAAGAACGUGCAGAACAUCCAGCUGUUCAUCGUCGACGAGCUGCAGCUGAUCGGCGGCGAGGAGGGCCCGGUGCUCGAGGUGGCGUGCUCGCGGGCGCGUUACAUCUCCUCGCAAUUGGACAAACCCACCCGGAUCAUCGCUCUGUCGGCUUCGCUGGCCGACGCUAAGGACGCCGCGCAGUGGCUGGGCGCGCCAGCCGCGGCCACCUUCAACUUCCACCCGUCCGUGCGGCCGGUGCCGCUGGAGCUGCACGUGCAGGGGAUAAACGUCACCCACAACGCGUCGCGGCUGGCGGCCAUGGCGAAGCCGGUGUACAACGCGAUACUGCGCCACGCGUCGCACAAGCCGGUGAUCGUGUUCGUGCCUACUCGACGGCAGGCGAGGCUCACGGCCAUCGACCUGCUGACCUUCACCGCGGCGGAGGGUCAACCCUCGCGGUUCUUCCACGCGGAGGAGGCCGACAUCAAGCCGUUCCUCGACCGUAUGGUCGACAAGACGCUGAAGGAGACCCUGUCGCAGGGCGUCGCUUACCUUCACGAAGGCUUGUCGGCCGACGACCGCCGCCUGGUCGAGCAAUUGUUCGACAGCGGCGCCGUUCAAGUGGCGGUCGCCACGAGGGACCUUUGUUGGGGCUUGUCCAUCAGCUCCCACCUCGUCGUGGUGAUGGACACGCAAUGCUACAACGGUAAGACCCACGCUUACGAGGACUACCCGAUCACGGACGUGUUGCAGAUGGUGGCGCGCGCCAAUCGUCCGUUGGAGGACGACGACGCCAAGUGCGUGCUCCUGUGCCAGAGCUCGAAGAAGGACUUCUUCAAGAAGUUCCUGAACGAGCCGUUGCCGGUGGAGAGCCACCUGGACCGCCGGCUGCACGACCACUUCAACGCGGAGAUCGUGACGAAGACGAUCGAGAACAAGCAGGACGCGGUCGACUACCUGACCUGGACCUUCCUCUACCGGCGGCUCACGCAGAAUCCGAAUUACUACGGUCUGCAAGGCGUGACGCAUCGUCACCUCUCGGACCACCUGUCCGAGCUGGUCGAGAGCACGUUGACCGACCUCGAGCAAGCCAAGUGCGUCGCCGUGGAGGACGAGAUGGACACGUUGCCGCUGAAUCUCGGUAUGAUCGCCGCCUAUUACUACAUCAAUUACGCCACCAUCGAGCUGUUCAGCCUGUCGUUGAACAACAAGACGAAAAUCCGGGGUCUGUUGGAGAUCAUCUCGGCGGCAGCGGAGUACGAGAGCGUGCCGGUUCGACAGAGAGAGGAGAAUCUGCUGAGGAGCUUGGCGGCGCGGCUGCCGCACGCACCGCAGGCCACCAGGAUGGCUGAUCCCCACGUAAAGGCGCAACUUCUGCUUCAGGCGCAUCUCUCCAGAAUACAACUCGGCCCGGAGCUGCAGAAGGACACCGAACUGGUGCUGGGCAAGGCCGUCAGGCUGAUACAAGCGUGCGUCGACGUUCUGAGCUCCUCCGGAUGGCUGGCGCCCGCCGUCGCCGCCAUGGAGCUGGCGCAAAUGGUGACGCAAGCGAUGUGGUCCAAGGACUCCUACCUGAAGCAGCUGCCACACUUCACCAUGGACACGAUCAAACGCUGCACCGACAAGGGCGUGGAGACCGUAUUCGAUGUGAUGGAACUUGAAGACGAUGAUCGUAACCGAUUGCUGCAGCUGUCGGACGCACAGAUGGCCGACGUGGCCAAGUUCUGCAACCGUUACCCCAACAUCGAGAUGUCGUACGAGGUACAGGACAAGGACAAGCUGCACAGCGGCGGCACCGUCAACGUGAUCGUCCAGCUGGAGCGGGAGGAUGAGGUAACCGGCCCGGUGGUCGCGCCCUUCUUCCCGCAGAAACGCGAGGAGGGUUGGUGGGUGGUGAUAGGCGACCCGAAGAGCAAUUCCCUAUUGUCCAUCAAGCGGCUGACGUUGCAACAGAAAGCGAAGAUCAAGCUCGACUUCGUCGCGCCCGCGCCUGGCCAGCACACCUACACGUUGUACUUCAUGAGCGACGCUUAUCUCGGCUGCGAUCAGGAGUAUAAAUUCAACAUCAGCGUCGGCGAGUACGAGUCCGACGCCAGCUCCGGCUCUGAUUCCGAUUGAAUCUUGAUACUUCAGAGACUCCGAUACGUUCUUCUUCGUGUCAUCCUGACAUCACACACAUUCGUUCCGUCGACAGAUUCGGCUUAUUCUGUCUGUUGUCGGGCGAGUCGCUAAAGACAACCGACGUUGGAGUAUAGUCAUCAAGAUUGCACGUACCUUAGAAUUCACUGAGCAGUAAUAAUUUUAUAAACAAGUAUCAAAGUAUCACCGGUUAUUAUUGUUUUAGGUAAUGUAAUAAGAAAUAAAAUUUAUAUCUAAA